UGCGACCAUGGUAGUCUCCAUUUCAUUCUCUUCUUCUUCUUCUUCUUCACCCGCCUAAAUUCUUUGACCUCUCUCUCACACUCUCUCUCUCUUCGAUCAACGAUUCCAUUUCCCUGCAAAAAGGAAAACCUAGAACUCCUGGUUCUCUCACCAUUUGGGAACUGGAUACGCUUGAAUGUCCGGCAGCGCGUGGCGAUGGCGGGGAAGUGUGAGUCAAUGUCGAUCCGUGUUCCCUACAAGAACCUCAGGGACGAUUCGUCUGCUCCCGAAGUUGAACUCGUCGACGUCGACCCCCGCGGUCGCCGGAUCGACCUCAAUUCGCAGUCGUCCAAUCACUCUCCCUCGCCGACGACCAACGCUUCCUUGGUCAAACUCAUUCUCAGUUGCACUGUCGCCGCCGGUGUUCAAUUCGGUUGGGCCUUGCAGCUUUCUCUUUUGACACCUUACAUUCAGACGUUGGGAAUUGGACAUGCGUUUUCGUCAUUUAUUUGGCUUUGUGGCCCCAUUACAGGUCUUGUGGUUCAACCAUGCGUUGGUAUUUGGAGUGAUAAAUGUACUUCAAAGUUUGGCAGAAGGCGUCCUUUCAUUCUGGCUGGAUCUCUUAUGAUAUCUGUGGCUGUGAUAUUGAUCGGGUUUUCUGCAGACAUUGGAUAUGUAUUAGGUGAUACGAAUGAGCAUUGCAGAACAUUUAAAGGAACUCGAACAAGGGCUGCUCUUGUAUUUAUUCUUGGCUUCUGGAUGCUGGACCUUGCCAACAACACAGUACAGGGCCCAGCUCGAGCUCUUUUGGCUGAUCUGUCUGGUCCUGAUCAACGCAAUGUCGCAAAUGCUGUGUUUUGCUCAUGGAUGGCAGUUGGAAACAUCCUAGGAUAUUCUUCUGGUGCUAGUGGAAAGUGGAACAAAUGGUUCCCUUUCUUGACAAAUAGAGCUUGCUGUGAAGCUUGUGGCAAUCUUAAGGCAGCAUUUCUUGUUGCUGUGGUGUUUCUGACGUUAUGCACUGUUGUAACCCUUUAUUUUGCUAAUGAGGUUCCACUUACUUCUGCGAGCCAACAUCAUCGCUUGUCAGAUUCUGCGCCUUUAUUGGAUGAACAACAGAAUGACGUUGAAUUUUCAAAAUCAAAGCAUUUAUCUGUUAUGAAUGAAUCCAAUGGUAAGAUAAGUGAGAAUCACAUUGAGAAAGAUGUAGGGAUGAAGCAUGAGAAUUUUGAAGCUGCAGAAGAUCAUGCUGAAAAUUUAAUGGAUGGGCCUGGAGCAGUAAUGGUAAACUUGUUGACAAGUUUGAGGCAUUUGCCACCUGCAAUGCAUUCAGUGCUGGUCGUAAUGUCUCUCACUUGGUUGUCAUGGUUUCCCUUCUUUCUGUUUGAUACGGAUUGGAUGGGGAGAGAAGUUUAUCAUGGGGAUCCAAAAGGGAACACUUCUGAAGUAGAUCUAUAUGAUCAAGGUGUUAGAGAAGGUGCAUUUGGUUUGCUAUUGAAUUCUGUUGUCCUUGGAAUAAGCUCUUUUUUCAUCGAACCAAUGUGUAAGUGGAUGGGUGCAAAAUUAGUAUGGGCAGUGAGCAAUUUUAUUGUCUUUAUUUGCAUGGCUGGCACUGCUAUCAUUAGUCUAAUUUCCAUUCGAGAUUAUUCUGGAGGGAUAGAACACGUAAUUGGAGCAAGUGAAGCAAUUAAGAUUGCUUCCUUGGUUGUGUUCGUUCUUCUUGGUUUUCCUCUUGCGAUUACCUAUAGUGUCCCCUUUGCUGUCACAGCAGAGUUGACUGCUGAUUCAGGUGGUGGCCAAGGAUUGGCUAUAGGAGUUCUAAAUCUUGCAAUUGUUGUUCCUCAGAUGAUCAUAUCCCUUGGUUCUGGCCCAUGGGAUGCUCUCUUUGGUGGUGGCAAUAUUCCAGCCUUUGCUUUGGCUUCCCUCUGUGCACUUGCGGGUGGUGUUAUUGCAACUCUCAAACUGCCAAAUCUGUCUAGCAGUUCAUUCAAGUCAUCAGGAUUUCAUAUUGGCUAGCCGUUGGGAGAUCCAAUCUGAUAAUAUUUUAACUUGUACAUGUUCCUCAGAAAUUGGAGGAAAACAGCCGAAGUAUGGAGAGCUGGCACAGGGAUUGUGUUAUGUUGCUUUCCAAUCCACAGAAGGCGCAUGCCAUAUUCAAAUUCUUUCAUUUUUCCCCCACAUUGUGGGUAUCUGUAUCUUAUGUAAUGUUGACUGACAGCACAGUAGAAGAAAGCUUAGUUGCAUAUAUUAAUAAGUUUUUGUAAUAACUGUCAUUUAGUGGUUGCAAUAUGAUGAGAUCAAUUUUGAAAG